AUCGAAGGCCCGAGUGAAUGCCGAAACUAUCCGAACGAGCGAGUACAAGUCUGAAGAAACUAAAAUCUGUCGUACACUUUAGUGAUGUAAAUUUUGAAAAAUUAACAAAAUGAUAUUGUAAAACCGUAAUAAGACAGUCUUAUUUUGAUUUCUAUUGUAUCUUAGUGAUAUUGUUUUGACUAUACCAUCCUUAACUUGUAUAUCAUCGGCAAAGUGAGUUCAGUGCGAGUGCAAGGGUGGUAACGAGAAAUGUGAAGCAUCUAUGAAGUUCAGGAUUCUAAGGCCGUUUAUUUUAUAUCUAUAAUAAUGAGCGGACGCCCUAGGACCACGUCAUUCGCCGAGGGCAGCAAAUCCGUUCGAAAGACUUUCGAUAAUCAGCCACCGAAACCACCUCUUGGAGGCGUAAAAAUCAGUAGCGACGUGGAUACUCCUAAAAAGAACGAGCUGGCUUCGGAAAAGAAAACACCGUCCUCGCAUCGCAAGGACGGCUCAAAGGUGACGACUGUGGUGGCGACGCCGGGGCAAGGCCCCGACCGGCCACAGGAGGUGAGCUAUGCUGACAUGAAACUCAUCGGAAACGGCAGCUUCGGCGUCGUCUAUCAAGCCAAACUAUGCGACACCGGCGAGCUUAUUGCCAUCAAAAAGGUGCUCCAGGAUAAGAGGUUUAAGAACCGAGAACUUCAAAUCAUGCGACGACUGGAGCAUUGUAAUAUUGUCAAAUUGAAAUAUUUCUUUUACUCCAGUGGAGAAAAGGCGGCAGUGCCCGCAGCAGUGAGCUCAAUGUUAAACGCAAUGCAGUCUCUUGAUGUCGCAAAAGACGAAGUGUACCUGAAUUUGGUGCUGGAGUAUAUACCUGAGACUGUGUAUAAAGUGGCACGUCACUACUCCAAAGAUGAACAAACCAUACCCAUUAGUUUUAUAAAGCUGUAUAUGUACCAGUUGUUCAGAAGCCUGGCGUACAUACACUCGCUGGGCAUCUGUCACCGAGACAUUAAGCCACAGAACUUACUUCUUGAUCCUAAGACCGGCGUACUCAAACUUUGCGAUUUUGGCUCGGCGAAACAUCUCGUUCGUGGCGAGCCUAACGUGUCCUACAUUUGUUCCCGAUACUAUCGCGCUCCAGAACUCAUUUUUGGCGCUAUAGAUUACACCACCAAAAUCGACGUAUGGAGCGCCGGCUGUGUAGUAGCGGAAUUAUUAUUGGGUCAACCAAUAUUCCCAGGUGAUUCUGGUGUUGAUCAAUUGGUUGAGAUUAUCAAGGUACUAGGUACACCGACACGAGAACAAAUUCGAGAGAUGAAUCCUAAUUAUACAGAAUUCAAAUUCCCACAAAUCAAGAGCCACCCAUGGGCUAAGUUCAUGUUGGAGCGUAUGUCCACGCCCAAGUCUGCCACUGACCACCAGCGCAUCCGAGUGUUCCGCGCGUGCACGCCGCCGGACGCGAUCUCGCUGGUGUCGCGGCUGCUGGAGUACACGCCGGGCGCGCGCCUGUCGCCGCUGCAGGCGUGCGCGCACAGCUUCUUCGACGAGCUGCGCGAGCCCGCCGCGCGCCUGCCCAACGGCCGCCCGCUGCCGCCGCUGUUCAACUUCACGGAGUACGAGCUCAGCAUCCAGCCGUCGCUCAACGACUUCCUGAAGCCGCGCGCGGGCGCGGGCCCGGCGCCGGACGCGGCGGCGGGCGCGGCGCCGGCUGACGACGCGCCAGGCGAGGCGGGCGGGCCGGGCGGGCCGAGCGGCGCCGCGGCGGGCGCGACCUAGACGCCGCGCCGCGCGCCACGUCGGGACCUCGCGCCGCACGACCAGCGCUCCAGCCCACACGCGACCUAGUGAUAGUUACUUUCGUGUUGGCCAUCGGGAAAAUUACAUGCAUAAUAGGUGUUUUCGGCGAGUAAUCGUGUGAUACUGUAGUGUAAUUGUCGAUAAAGCUUGAGCUGUCGUAGUCGGUAAGAAGGGUAAAUCCGUUGUAGAUUCUAAACCGUCGCGAUGUGAUUACUUUGUACUUUUGUAAGCUCAAAUUGUCCCCUUAUGUACAUACCUUAUACGCUGAGUUUGAAUGUUUAUUUAGUAAACGACAGAUAAUAACCGUCUGGAUAAAUUGUUUUGUUUUAUUUUCAUUUUAAAAUCUCGUCAGAUUCUGUCUCUUUUAAAUGGUUUCGCUUAUAAACUGUAGCCUUAAUGUACUCGGUGUGAGACGUUUUUAUCAUAGAGAGAGGUUAGUCACCUGUUUGUUUCACUUGAAUCACCUAUCGAGGGGUAGCCACAUGAUACUUACCUUGCUUGGGCCGUGUAAUCAGUAGGGAAGACAUAUUCAGUAGUGUAUUAGAGUAUUUAUUGUUGAAAAGUAUCACUAACUCAACAAACUUUACGAAGCGUAUGCCUAGUGUUAUUUCAACGAUGAAACCUGGCAAACGAAAUAUUAUGUUGCAACAAUAGUACGCAUUGUAAAUUUUUAUAACUAGCGUAAACUGAUCUCUCAAGAUAAUUUAUAAUAAUGAUAUGAUAUCUCAGAAUAUUUGUAUAAACAAUUCAGAGAGUAUAAAUUUUAGAUGUACUACACAUAUAUAUUUGUUUUUGGCAACUUCUAUGUUAAACAUUUUUUGCUGUAUUUGAAUUAUCCAAUGCUGGAUAAAUGUAAUGUACCUAUUUAAUAAUAGCACUGUCGGUGUCCUAAUUAUAACGACAUAGUUUUUGGAUAAUAUUGUAUUCUAUAUUCAAUAAAUGAUAUUUCUAUUAUAUGAAAUUUGUCAUUGAGAACACUAUGGUUAUUAGUAGUCAUUUAUGAAACGAUGUUUAAAUAAUGGUAAAUUUCAUUGUCAUAGUUUUAAGUAUUCGAGUAAUUUCAUUUUGCACUUCGAUUUUGAAUACAGUUACAAAUUAGGAAAGGUUUAAAACUAUAAGUAUAGACUAACAAAAUCUUUUCUUCAUGGUGUAGAAGUAGCCUAAACGCAAAACUUAUUGGUGUAAUGUCGAUUACCUCUUGCACCAUUAUUUAGAAAAACCUGGUGUUUUAAAAUUCAGGCAACUGAGCACGAUUUUAUAAAUACCUACCUUUAAUAUAUUAAUAUUAUAUUUUAGUCUUAUUUGGACCAACUCAUGGUGACAUGUCAACUGUGCAUGAAAAUAUUGAUUGACUCAAACACCUAAUGAAAUAACAGCAAUCAAUAUUACAGUUAAUUGUUACUUUCUGAUCAUAAUAUGUAGGUUCUUGAAUAUGUUUUCACUGUAUUAUUUACGCUCAGUAUCUUCCGUUUCUGUGAAUGGUUGAUCAAGCAUUAUAAAUAUUAUGGUGCGCAUAACUGUUUUUAUAUUUAGUAUAAUAUUUUUUUUAUGUUUCGAAGCCAAUGUGUCUCGUGUGUGUCCUAAUUAGCGCAAUAUUUUCUUAUUCCAUUGUCUCUUAUCUGCAAAUCAGUACAAAUACACAAAUGAUUGACUGAACUACCCUACCACCGUCAAUCAUUUGUUUUUUUUUUAAUUAUACACUAUUUUUAUUUAAUUGUAUGUUCAGAAUUCCAAUUGCCAUGCACAGAAUACUAUGAAUCCCAUCUUGUAAGAAUACAGCGAAAACUUAUUCAAGACCUUAUAAAUAUUUUUAACUGCUUAGCCGAUUCACUAUAAUAUUAAUUAUUCAUGUUUUUCUAGGCUUAAACCAGGGCCCCGACCAUUAAAGUAAUUAAUUAUAACGUAUCGUUGAUUGUGUACCAUGUUACAACAGGACAGUGUUGAACUCGGUCUUUCUACUCGAUGGCGUCGCGGUGUUUAGGUGGUCCUUUUCUUGUUGCGCCGUGUCUAUGCCUUUGUGAAGAAUCGAGUUCAUUGUUAGGUAUGCCUGUAAUUACUUAUAAAUUAUUGUAUUUUAAGAUAAGCGCGCUGAAGCUGCGCUUCGCUUUGAAAUCACAUAAUAGUGGAUCUUAGUUUUUGUCGUUAAGGCUAUUAAUUUGCUGGAACACCCAUAUAAUUCGUGUAAAUAUAUUAUAAUUAUCUUUAUGGUACGACUCUUGAGUGACGCGUGCGCGCGUGUCGGUGGCAGCGGAGGGAGCGUGACGAGUGUCGCCACCUUACCGCAGCGGACUCAGUAAGAGACAGUAGUUUAGAUAUUACAUGUAUUUUAUUAAGUCUAUCUAUCUAAUAUGAAUUUUGUAAUCGACGUUGCUUCUUAAGACCUCUGUGUAAAAAGUUAUAAGACAUACUAGUGACCUGAAUAUUUGAAGCGAUGUUAUUAAAAUCUUUAUCCCACUGAAUUCUCACUUUCACGAUUUGCGUGCACAUUUACAACAUGAGAAUUUUCCGUAAAAUACAUAGUUCGAAAUGGAGUUAUGACUUAUUAUAUAAAUUAUUUAAAGUAAAAUUUUCUUAUUACUGUAAUAUUAAAUUUAAUAGUGAGUGAAAUUUGUAUUUUGUUUUCAUAUUUGUUUUACUGAAUUUAAAUACUUCAUAACCCUCAUAUCGUUGUUAGUUAUGAAUGAAAAUAACAUAAUUAUUAAAAGUAAAUAAUUAAAUGAAUAGUAAA